AAUCCAGUUGUGUCCAGUUCCAGCUGGUCAGAAAUAGAUGUGCUGAUUCUGGCUGGAACAGUUGGCCAUGUUCUGAGUUUGGGGGCAAGCAGUUUUAUAGAAGAGGAACACCAAACCUGGUAUUUUCUUAUCAAUACACUUUGUUUGGUGUUAUGUCAGGAACUUUGCAGAAACAAUUUUCUUCUGAAAGAAUGUGACGCUCAACAUAGCGCUACUGUGAAACAAAAUUUUGAUAGUAUUGAGGAAGCUUCUGAGUGCAAGAAUAUAGACAUUCCAGCAGAAAGUAAUUCAAAACUGGGCAAGGCCACCUCUUCAGCUGAAUUCAUAAAAGGAUCAGAUAAGUGGAUAAGUUUAGCAAGUCCAUGGAUCAUCCUUAUUUGCUGUCGGCUACUUCGAUCCUUGAAUCAGACAGGCGUCCAGUGGGCUCAUCGGCCAGACUUUGGACAUUGGUUGACAAGCUCUGAACAUAAAUCUGAACUCUCCUUCUUGGCUGCAGUCUCCCUACUUAUGAUCUUCUUUCUGGUUCAAAGAAGAUGCUCCCUGGUUUCAAAAAUUGCUAUGGCACUUGGGCUCCUGGGAGUCUACAGUUACCGGGCAGCUAUUGGAAAUGUCAUAUUUCCAUGGCAACAUGACAGCAAAGAUAUUUCAAAGGGGAUUACUGAAGCUCGUUUUGUUUAUGUCUUUGUUCUUGGCAUAGUCUUCACUGGCACUAAAGAUUUACUAAAGUCACAGGUUAUUUCUGCAGACUCCAGUGUGAAGAGUACAGGAUUAUGGGAAGUUUAUAGUGGACUGGUUCUACUAGCAGCCCUUCUAUUUAGACCUCACAAUUUACCAGUCUUGGUGCUUUGUCUGCUGAUUCAGACAAUGAUGACAAAAUAUAUCUGGAGACCUCUGAAAUUUGAUGCAGCACAGAUUACUAUCAUGCACUACUGGUUUGGCCAAGCUUUCUUCUAUUUUCAGGGAAAUUCAAAUGGCAUUGCUACUGUGGAUAUUUCAGCAGGUUUUGUGGGACUAGAAAGCUAUGUGGAGAUACCAGCUAUCUUCCUUACAGCAUUUGCAACAUAUGCGGGACCUUUGCUUUGGGCCAUUCAUCUGCUGUGCUACCUGAGUUCUGAAGUUAGCAG